AUGGCAGAUACUGACGAACAAGCGAAGCUUGCAGUGAAUAAGCGUCCUCAUGCUGCCAUUGAAGACGAAGAGGAUGGAAAUGGCUCGUCCUCGGACGAUGACUUUGGUCCAGCUCUACCCUCCGCCGAUGCGCCGAAGAAAAAGCGACGCAAGCUACCGUUCGAGAAGGUCUACGUGAAUGCGCUGCCCGCAUCUCCGCGGUACUCGAAAUCGCUUAUGCACAAGGAGCAGCUAUCCUUCGUUACAAUGACUCCCUACACAGACUUUCUUAUCACGUCAUCGAUGGACGGUAUCGUAAAGUUUUGGAAGAAAAUGGCCGUCGGAGUCGAGUUCGUUAAGGAAUUCCGAGCGCAUCCUGCGGAGAUCAAGAGCGUCAGCGUCAGUGCCGACGGGAGGAGUUUUGCGACGGCUGGUGCGGACAAGACAAUUAAGAUCUUUGACGUUAUCACUUUUGAUUUGCUGGCCAUGCUCUCCUUGGAUUUCACACCGCGCUGUGUCUGCUGGGUACACCCUCGCGGCGCAUCCCUCCCAUUGCUAGCCGUGACGGACGAGAAUAGUCCGAUGGUACAGGUCUUUGAUGGUCGUGGAGAGAACACCACUCCCUUAAACACCGUCAAGUCGAUCCACCGUAGCCCCGUGGCAGCCAUUGCCUUCAACAACGUAUACGACUGUGUCAUUUCAGCCGACCAGUCCGGAAUGGUCGAGUACUGGCGCGCGAGCGACGGCUCGUAUGAGAAACCGGAUAAUGUAUUCGAGCUCAAAUCCUCCACGAACCUGUUCGAGUUCAAGAAAUCCAAAUCGGCACCCGCGUCGAUUACAAUAUCACCAUCGGGCGAGCAAUUUGCAACCGUCUCGUUUCCCGACCGGCAGGUCCGAGUCUUCGACUUCGCGACGGGCAAGCUCUACCGAAAAUACGAUGAAUCCCUCACCACCAUCACAGAAAUGCAGCAAGCCGGCACAGCCCUCUACCCACUCGAUGAGGUGGAAUUCGGCCGCCGCCUCGCCAUUGAACGUGAACUCGAGAAUCCCAUCACCCAACCUAAAAUCAACGUCAUCUUCGACGAGUCAGGCCACUUUGUGCUCUACGGCUCCCUCUACGGCGCCAAGUGCAUCAACACCUACACCAACCGCGUGGUCCGCGUCUACGCAAAGGACGAGCCCUUCCGCCCUCUCAACCUGGCCAUGUAUCAGGGCCAACCACAAAAGAAAGGCGUCAUGACAGUCUCCAUGGCCGCAAGCGCCAACCCCCUCCUGCAGGAAUCCGAAGAACGAGACCCCAUUCUCGUCUCGACGGGCUUCGCAAAGAUCCGCUUUUACCUCUUCACCAACGAAACCGAGAUCUUCAAAUCCAGCCGGGACGUGCAGAACGAACGGCCCACGCAGGCCGACGCCCGCGAGACAACCGCCAAAAAGGCCGCCGAGACGGGCACCUCAGCCAUCCUCCACACCACCAUGGGGGACAUCCACCUGCGACUUUUCCCGCAGGCGGCGCCCAAGGCUGUUGAGAAUUUCGUCACCCAUGCGCGUAAUGGAUACUACAACAAUACUAUCUUCCACCGGGUGAUCCGCAAAUUCAUGAUCCAGGGCGGUGAUCCGCUCGGUGACGGGACGGGCGGCGAGUCUAUCUGGGGCGGAGAGUUCGAGGAUGAGUUUUCAAGUCUGAAGCACGACAAGCCGUAUACACUGUCCAUGGCAAAUGCGGGGCCCAACACCAACGGCAGUCAAUUCUUCAUCACGACGGAGAAGACACCUUGGCUGGACGGUAAACAUACUAUUUUUGGACGGGCGGUGCAGGGGUUGGACGUCAUACACAAGAUCGAAAACACCAAGACGUACAAGGAGAAGCCGGAGCAGGAUAUUAAGAUCGUGAGCAUUACUGUGACUUGA